UGUGAAUAUGUGUCAAGUUUCAUUAGUGGAAAGCUGUUCAUUCCCUGUCUAUGUCACUGGGAGUCGCCACAAGAGGGAGGGACUUAAGCACGGAGGGACAAUGCUUGUGUUUGUGCAACGGCCCCUGAGUGGCGGCUGGCUCUGUCGGAUCUCUCGUGCCUGACUACGGCUGCUGCACACAUUGUCAGCGAGCGUGCAGAGGGGGAAGUGGACGGCUUGAUCCAACCGGUCAAUGCACUGACAGAGCAAGUUCCAAGGUGAUUUAUUUUUCCCAAAGAGUGGCUGUUCAUCCUAAAAGGAAGGGUGUGAAGGUUGGCACACCGUGCCAGAAGGCUGUCCGGGUGGGUCGUGGAUGGUUUGUGCUGACACUUUUGCAGCAGAGAGAGAAGAAUUGGAGGAAAUCAGUUAAAGUGUGGCCAAAAUGGCCGAGAAGAAAGUGAGCCUCCCUGCUAAACUGAUUAAUGGGGGUGUGGCUGGACUGGUGGGCGUGACCUGCGUGUUUCCCAUUGACCUCGCCAAGACCCGCCUCCAAAACCAGCAGGGUGCUCGUGUUUAUAGUGGAAUGCUGGACUGUUUGGCAAAGACGAUCAAAAUGGAGGGCUACUUUGGCAUGUACCGAGGUGCAGCUGUGAAUCUUACACUGGUCACUCCAGAGAAAGCCAUUAAACUGGCUGCCAAUGAUGUCUUCAGACAGAAGCUCUCCAAAGAUGGAAAAUUAGCUCUGUGGGGGGAAAUCCUUGCGGGCUGUGGAGCCGGAACCUGUCAGGUGGUAGUCACCACCCCCAUGGAAAUGCUAAAAAUACAACUGCAGGAUGCUGGAAGGUUGGCUGCUCAGCGGACUGUCGCUGCCUCUGCCUCUGCCACUGGUCCGACCCCCUCGCUGGUUGCCUCUCGGGCAGCACAGCCGGGCACCAACGCCCCUCCUCAACCCUCAGCGACCCGUAUCACCCUGGAGCUACUCAAGACCCGAGGCCUCAGGGGACUUUAUAAGGGAGCAGGUGCUACAUUGAUGAGGGACGUCCCGUUUUCCAUGAUCUACUUCCCGCUGUUCGCCAACCUCAACGCCGAUCGCCAUAGCAACCCCCAGGAGCGGGCCCCCUUCCUGCAGUCUUUCGUGGCUGGCUGCACGGCCGGCUCAGUGGCGGCAGUAGCUGUCACUCCCCUGGACGUUAUAAAGACCCGCCUACAGACCUUACAGAAGGGGGAAGGAGAGGACUCCUACAGAGGCAUCAUCGACUGCGUACAGCGCGUUUUAAAACGAGAAGGACCAUCCGCGUUUCUUAAAGGAGCAACGUGUCGAGCUUUGGUCAUCGCUCCGCUCUUUGGCAUCGCUCAGGGCGUGUAUUUCCUGGGCAUCGGCGAGCACGUGCUGGGGCUGCUGGGAUAGCGGCAGGUGACGUUACCUCAGUCAUCAUACACACAGUACUGUUUCUACAUGGCCCAAGGGAUGAAGAUGAGAGAUGAAGGAAGACAUGGUUAAAAGAAGAUAAAAUGAUGAUAAAAGAAGCUCCCCGACUUUAUUUGCGAUGAGGUAAAUAUGGAGGGAAAUUCACAUACCCAACCAAAGGAGGUUCAGACACUUUGGGAGAACAGAGGAGGGUUGUGUAACGCUAACAUAAUAGCCUAUAUUGCACACUAACCAUGUUUAAGUACCUAAAAACUACAAGCAGGGUUCUUUAGGUAAGACAGGGUCCUGUUCUGACUAAUCUGGCAGGGUUUUUUGUCCAAUUAAUAUUGUUUUUAUGUCUUUAAAGCCCAUAGCUACAAUCAGUUUUAAGCCAACAUGAUUCGUGAUAAUCGGUUGUGAACAGGGUCGAUGUGUAUUUAGAAAGGUAUUGAAGCCCAUUUUCACCAAGGAAUAAAAAACAAUGAUAAUUGUAACUUUUUAUCUUACGAUUCAGACUUUAUUUCCUUGCAAUUCUAAGAAAGAAAAGUCAGAAUUGUGCUCAGAAUUUU